AUGGAUUCAAUGUCUGAAAAUGUAAUGCAAAAGGAAAAAUUGGCGGAGAACGAUGUUAAUGACAUACACGAAAAAGACAACUUGACACUAACAACCACAGAGUCUCCCAUAAAACAAGAUGUAAAUGUUACAUUUGUAGAAGAAAAUAAAACCGAAGAACCAGAACCUGCUAUAACUGUGGCAAACCAACAAGAUAACAAUGAUGAAGAUGUUCUUCAUGAUUCAGUCAGCGAAUCUGAAGACAAUACUAAAGAUCGGACACUUUCCAAAAGAGAAUUUACAAGAAAAAGGUAUUCAGUGGAUUAUAAAAGGACCCAUCUGAAUUUUAAGCGAUUUUCCGUAGAUUUUCGCCGUGAUUCUGCGACUUUAGAAGAAUUAGAACGUCUAGAACAAGAGUUGGCGCGAACCAACGUAGAUGCGCGAAUUGGUGGACGUCGCAAAUCAUCUGGCAUAUUAAAAUCUUCUUCGAACAGUACUAAUGGAGUCUCUGAACAUCGGUCUAAUAUUAAACCAGAAUCCGAUACUGAAGACGAUGAAGUGGUUGAGCAAAACGCAACCAAAACAGCCGAAAGUGAGGGUCCUCGAGAGCCUCCUGCAACUCCUGUUGGGCGGGAUGAAUUAGCAUUGCGAAGACAUAGGUUUUUCUCGGACCUCGUAUGUGCGGCACGUGCAGCCGUUGAACAUCGCGUGCGUUUUGAUCCUCUAGGUCCUGUUGUUGCAGAUACAGGUGAGGAUGGCAAAAACUGUAUAUUAUUUUCUUACUCAUCAGGAGUUAAAUGUUGUAAAUUGUAA